UCAAGGAGCAUAGACAGUGUUAUUUUUUAAAAUAUUGUAUCUCCGCGGAAAGGCUCCUGCUUCGUUGUAUUCAGUCAUAGAUUUAUUACUGUUUAAUUCAAUAUUGUGACAAAGUGAUUUUACAUUUCAAGUUUUGAAUAUUUGGUGGUGUUAUUUUUUAUUUUGCGCCUGUGUUUUCCUGUUUCUAGCAAAUUCACUUAUGUGCCUAUGAACAUAUAUUUCAUUAUUAAGAAUAUAUAAAGGAGAAAAUCAGAAAAAUUAAAUAAAAAGUAACACCCCUUAUAAUCCCUACAGCGUGUGUUAUAAUGUGAUAAAAAUGUCAUUUUUGAAAAAGUUAAAAACAAAGAAAAAGCCAGCUAGUGUUUACUCUUCGGUGUCAUGCAGAGACCUGACUCCAGGGAGCUUGGAUGUGUGGAUCGACCUGCCAGAUUCCAUCAAAUUCGAUCCAGCACUCGAGCCGUUCAAGCAGCUUUACGAACAGCAGCAUGGUAAACUACAAGCCCCUGAGGCAGUUAAUGAUGAAACGGACACACUACAAAAGAAAUAUUCGGAUCCUGAGAUCAAAGAACAGGGUAUUGGGAAAUCUAAUGGAAAUAAGAUAAGUCAAAUUUUGGAUAGCAGUCAUGAGGGCAAACGAAAGUCAGGAAGGAAAAAGCAGAUCGAUAAAGCAUUGAGGAUUAUAAAGCUGUCUGCUCUGGUGGUUUCCUGGGUCUUGCUGACGGUGGCUCUGCUCCUCAACAGGGAGAAGUCUGAUGUGGUGUUACAUUCUGCAGUACACAAUGGCGAUGUUAAUGAAUACAUCCUAACCUCAACCAUUGAAACGUUCCGAGUGCAAAUCACAUUGAGUGGACCGUUCAGCAGUUCUACCAACGCCACUAGCUUCUUGUGUAUAUGGCUGCACAGAAAUAGCACAGAUGGGGAUUUGAUGAAUUCACCGAAGUGGAAGAUUCCCUUGCAGCCUGAUAGCUCCAUAGAUUUCUCACCGAGUACUUCUGUCAGUAGAACUCUGGUAAUCAAACAAUCGGAGCAGAAGGGAAAUGAAAAGAACAGUACUCUACUUACAGAACAGCAAGAGGAAGAUUCUUCAAUCACGCUCCGGAUGUCAACGAACAACAGCAGAACCGUUCCCAUCACUCUCACUUACCACCUGGAUCCUCUGUCUGAGCAGGACGGCGUCAUUUACGCAGCGUUCCUACUCCUCUUUCUUUACGUGCUUAUAAUCUUUGAGAUCGUAAACCGCACUAUAGCAGCGAUAUUGGCUGCGUCGCUGGGCAUAGCGGUGCUGGCCAUCAACGGCACCAGACCCUCGCUCCUGGAGCUGGUGACCUGGCUCGACGUGGAGACACUGCUGCUGCUGUUCAGCAUGAUGAUCCUCGUCGCAAUCCUGGCGGAGACUGGGCUGUUUGAUUAUCUGGCGGUCGUUGCUUUUGAGACAACUGGCGGUAAGACCUGGCCACUCAUCAACUGCCUCUGUUUCUUCACGGCAUUCUUCUCCACGUUUCUGGACAACGUGACCACUGUUCUGCUUAUGACGCCUGUUACUAUACGAUUAUGUGAAGUGAUGCAGCUGAACCCAAUCCCAGUCCUGAUGUCGAUGGUGGUGUUCAGCAACGUGGGAGGUGCAGCUACUCCCGUGGGAGAUCCUCCCAAUGUCAUAAUUGCGAGUCAUCCUGCGGUAAUAGCGGCGAAUAUAAAUUUCACGAACUUCACCCUGCACAUGGGUCUGGGUAUUCUUCUGGUCUGCGUGCAAACAUACUUUCAGCUGCGUUAUAUGUUCAGAGAUAUCAACACACUGCGUCAUUCUGUGCCCAGGGAUAUUGUUGAACUUCGUCAAGAGCUGGCUGUAUGGAAACGUGCUGCUGCCUCUUUGUCAUCGUACUCCAGAGAUGAGGACAUCGUCAAAAGAACACUCGAGAAAAAGCACGAUUGGUUUCAGGUCUGCAGACUGAACAACAUGCUGAUGAAGCGGGAGGCUGGUGGUGGAAAGUCCAAGAAUGACCCUGUAUUCUGCUCUACUGUUGCACAGAUGAAACAGAAGUAUCGCAUCAGGGACACACAGCUUUUGAUUAAGGCGAGCAUCUGUGUGCUGUUCGUUGUGAUCGUGUUCUUCCUUCACGCCGUGCCUCAACUACAAAGCCUCUCCCUGGGCUGGACAGCGUUUCUGGGGGCUAUUCUCCUACUCCUGCUGGCAGAGAGAGACGACUUGGAGCCGAUUUUGGCGAGAGUGGAGUGGUCCACUUUGCUUUUCUUUGGUGCCUUGUUCAUCCUAAUGGAGGUGCUGUCGAAGCUGGGUCUAAUCGCGUGUAUAGGGCGCCUAACAGAAUCAGUUAUCCUAAAGGUUGGCAAGGAGUCGCAAAUGGCUGUCGCUAUCAUGCUGGUGCUAUGGGUAUCUGGUCUGGCUUCGGCAUUCGUGGACAACAUUCCGCUGACCACGAUGAUGGUGCGAGUGAUGGCCGGCAUGGCAGACCCCGCUGGGCUCGCUCUUCCACUUCAGCCUCUGGCCUGGGCACUCAGUUUCGGCGCUUGUCUUGGUGGCAACGGCACCCUAAUCGGCGCCAGUGCAAACGUGGUUUGCGCCGGAGUGGCCGAACAACAUGGAUACCGAUUUACUUUCAUGGAGUAUCUGAAGAUCGGUUUCCCCAUCAUGCUGGGAAACCUGGUCGUCGCCUCUGUAUAUCUACUCUUCUGUCAUUGCCUUUUCACUUGGCACUGACAUUAACUUGUUAUCCGUUCACUUGGCUGGAUUACUCAUAGAAAAUUAAAGGGCGAUUACUCAAAGAAAAUUCAAAAAAUAAAGCGUUCAUGUCAGAAUUAUAACAACGACAUUGACAGCUGUGCGCUCUAUUUAAUUAUUGGCUACAAAGAGAAAUAUCCGGCUAUACUUUGCAAUGACAUUGAAGGUUGCCAAUCUCCACAGUACUGUCACUGGAUAACAUUUACCUAGCUCCUUAAGCUAUACACUUGCAUGGACAGUCAGUCUUCCUUAUUUUAUUUGUUAAGACUUGGUAAACAGCUAUGAUAUUGACAAAUCAAGUUACGAUUUCAUUCAUUUUUCGAAACAUACGUCGAUGACAUUUAAGAUUGUCAAGCCACUGUGCUGUCAUUUGUCACUUAUAUUAUUAGCUGUUAGCUAGGUUAUAUUGUACUAUUGCUUUUUUGCGUUAAUGAUAUGUAGUAAAUGUAUAAUUUAAGAGAUUGAAAUGCCUUGAAAGUGUUGAGAUAGAUAUUAUUUCACAAUCGCAUAUAGUCAAUUACUAAUGUGUCAUUCUUUUUAUAUAUCCAGUGAUUUAUGUCAUUUGAGCUUAUCUUAAGUAACGUAGUUUGCGUCAUUACUUACAGCGCCUAAUUUAUAAGUUAACUUUAUUGGAUUUCCUAAUUUUUCAUUGUCAACUUUCAGUUGGCAGGAUUUUAUAAAUCAUUGUGUCUACUGCCUCAUGAGUACAUAGUAUAAUAUUUUGAGCGCCAUAUAAAUACGGAGUCUCGAUCAAAACGAUGUGUUAAAUGACCAACUGUAAAUUCUCAUUAUAGAGAAAAAUUAUUUAAUUUGUAUUUCGGCCUAUGUGAUAAUAACCCUUGUAAAGAGUCUGACAGCGUUGCUGUUUAUGUUUUUUUUUUCAGUUGAAAAAUCAUGUUUAUUAUUAAUGAAUAAUUGUAUUUAUGUUGUGCCAGCUCUACUAUUACUAACGAGCUGUUUAAUAUUCUUUUUUUUAGAGAAAUAUCAAUAAUUGUAGCCUUCAGCACUGUAAACCAUUGGUCCACUAGCAACAGGUUCGUUUUAGAAACCAAUUCUUGUGAUAACUGACACACCACUAGCAAUUGCAGUAGACGUACCUGUAUUACAUCAGUCUGUAUAUGGGGUCGUAUCGCGGUGUGCUACGCUAUAACCCGUCUUGUCACAUUCAGUAAAAAAAAGCGUACAAAUCUGCCCUCUAGGCACUGAAUACUAAUAACACUACGGGCAGCAAAUUUUUGGCAUAAAUAUUAUUUUUAUCUACCCGCAAUGCUUAAUGGAUUACUCAUUAUGCAAUUUUUAUUAUAAUUCGAAUAUUUUCUGAAAAUAAAACUAACAUACUAUGAUAACGUGGUGUAACUAUCACUACAACGAAGAGUACUAAGAAUUCUGUCAGGAUUUUCACGUUGGAUAGCUAGGCUAAUCCGUUGACCGAAAUAGCUGCCUGCACUUGGGUUUCCAGUAGCUUUAUUGAGGCGCGAAGAUAGUACUUUGUACAUUCUCCGCGCCUCUGGGCCCCACGGGUCAAGUGUAAUUACGUAUAUUAUAGAAGUGAAGAAGUUAAUAGGAAUAAAAUUCGUUUUACAGUUUUUUUGUAUCAACUUAUAAUGACAGGGGAGUUUCAAAAUGCGCUAUUUCGUAGUACUCUGUCAUCUCGACCAGAUGACAUAGCUAUCCAAUUAGUAACUCAGUGAAAGUAGCAGUAUUAUUGGACUAUGUUUAGGUUUAAAGGGUGCGUAAAGAAGAAAAUUAUUCAAAUUUGUUGUUUACCUUUCAGUAUGCUAAAAUAUUUUGGAUGCAAUGUAUAUCGUUUCCGAAAUAUAAAAAUUUAAGGCAAGACACUGCGAGGUCGCAGUCCACUAUGACGUCACUUCACUACACACAGAGGUGCGAAGCGAUUUCACGUCAUUCGGCCAUUUAAAAUAUUUGAAUAAUGCGGCAACGAAAAACUAUCGUACCUUCAAAACUAAUCCCUUGAUUUUAUCCAAACAAGAACUAAUGUAUUUGUAAGCAUAUAUAAUACCUAGAAGUAUUCGGGUCGCAUUGUUUGCUAAGUGAUUUUUUGAUACGCUACGGCAUAGGUCAUACUGCAUUUGUUUUUUUUUUGUGUUUGGGGUAUGUGAUGAAGUUUAUAUCAAUAUUUCGCAUUUCGUCACUUCUUCCUUAAACCGUUCAAAGUAUUGUUAUAAAUGAAUGAAACGCUGUUAUAAAAAUCAAAAGUAUUUUCUUUAGUGAACUAGGAUCCCAUGUGAUUUGAGAUUUUUAUGUUAAUUAGGAUUAUGAAAGUCAGCUAAACUUGACGACAAGACUUAAUAAUUAAUAGUGUUUUAAAAAAUUGAACUUUAAAAUUGAGUGGAGGCGCGAAUGUGAUGUUUUUAUGUAGAUCGUAACCUAGAUCGGAAAUUUAUGAAAUGGAAUAAAAUAUUAAUGUAAAAUAACACUCGAAUUUUACAGAUUAAGCAAAAUUAAUUACAACCCUAAAAUAUUAAUUAUUUACAUUCCUGUCCAUGCACAUGCGCGUAUAUUUAGGCUUUAAUCUAUAAAUCUGUGUUGAACAUCUGCGAAAAUUUAUUUUCGUCUAUGUCUAAAAGACACUAGUUUAUAAGUAACGUAUGUACUUACUAAUUAAUCAAUAGAUUUAAUAAGAAUAGUAUUUUGCUGUAGUUUUAUAUUAAACUAAGUUUUAUCUUUUUGAAGAGCAAAUUAUAUUUAUUCAAUUA